UUGUCAAUGUUACUAGAUGUUAAAAUAAGUAUGAAUUAUGGAAUAGCUGCUAGCCAAUCCGUAGUCAAGACUGCAACUAAAUUUCUGUUGAAAAUCAAAUUCUUAUGUGCUUUUUGUCAUGAUUUUUGUCUAUCAGAGAUAAAUGUGAUACCGUUAGUACAACAGAAAAUGCUGCUUGUUGUAGUCUAGCAAGGUAUUUUGAUAGGUGGAAACUUGAAUCUGAAUUAGGGGCUAAAAUGAUAUCUCUCAAUUCAUCAACACAUAUUGGAUUUAGUGAGGUUGAGUGUCUCUCUAACUGAGAGCAUAAUUUGGGGUGGGCGUUAUAUAUAAAUCUUCUAAGACUUGAUUAAAGACCCCACAUAUUGUUUUGUUGCCAUCAAAAUCAGUUAUGCCACAAAAUCGGCCAUAUUAGGAAAUUGUUUUAAAACUGUUUCAGGUAACAUGGUUAUGCUAUCAGUAUGUACAGGGUAUAACAUUAAAAUGUAACCUUAAAAAUUUUCUAAUGAUCUGGUAGCUCAAGCAUGUUAACUCACUUUUUUUAAGUUUAUAGCACAGGAAGGCCAAAAUUUAAGUUUCUCCCUCUUUGCCCUAUCCAAAUUUUUAAAAUGAACAAAGUGCUGGUGAAAAGCCUAACACCUCUGAGGAAUGAAGUUCUAUCCACUGAACAGCUGGUGUUAGUAUUAGGAGACCUUCACAUCCCACAUAGAUGCAACAACCUCCCAGCUAAAUUCAAAAAACUGCUGGUCCCAGGAAAGAUCCAGCACAUCCUCUGCACCGGAAACCUCUGCACCAAGGAGAGCUAUGACUACCUCAAGACUCUUGCUGGGGAUGUUCACAUUGUAAGAGGAGACUUUGAUGAGAACCUGAAUUAUCCAGAACAGAAAGUUGUAACCGUUGGGCAAUUCAAAAUUGGGCUGAUCCAUGGCCAUCAAAUUAUACCGUGGGGAGAUAUGGCCAGCCUGGCACUGCUACAAAGGCAGUUUGAUGUGGACAUUUUAAUUUCAGGGCAUACACACAAAUUUGAGGCAUUUGAGCAUGAAAACAAGUUCUACAUCAACCCCGGGUCAGCCACAGGAGCUUAUAAUGCCUUGGAGAACAACAUCAUUCCUUCAUUUGUGCUGAUGGAUAUCCAGGCUUCCACAGUAGUUACCUAUGUGUAUCAACUAAUUGGAGAUGAUGUGAAAGUAGAAAGAAUUGAGUACAAAAAACCCUAAAAUGAAUCUUCUGGUGCUCUUUACCAUCUCAUUCCCUCUUGUUCUAGUCAAGUAAAUAAGCAUCCAAGAAUCACAAAUUGUCUGCAAUAUUUGAUUGUUUGCAGUAUUAAACACUUUCUAACUGCUUGUAGCCUAUAGCAGUGUAACUAGUUUAUAAUACAUAGCUUCCAAACAAUGGCACACUCUUGCUUGUUUUCUAUGUAUGGUUCAGCUUGUAAAAUAUCCUGUUAUGGUGCAAAAUGGCAUAGGUAUACAAUGAGUCUUGUUAAAUAACUACCUUUAAUGUUGUAAUAAACUUGUUUUUCAAUCA